AUGGAAGAAGUAAACCACUCUGUGGUUACUGAAUUUAUUUUCCAAGGACUUUGUACCUCAAGGGAACUACAGAUCUUCCUCCUGCUGCCAUUUUCCACCCUCUACCUGAUGACUGUGGUAGGCAACCUCUUUGUUGUGAUAUUAAUCAUCACUGAUCAUCAUCUCCAUUUUCCCAUGUACUUUCUGUUAGCCAAUCUCUCAUUUAUUGACUUAUGCAUUUCCUCAGUUACUACCCCCAAACUGAUCAUAGACCUUGUAAAAGAAAAUAAACUAAUUUCCUAUGGAGGUUGUAUGAGUCAGGUCCUCUUUGCACAUUUCUUUGUAGGGAGUGAGAUGGUACUUCUUGUAACAAUGGCCUAUGACCGCUAUGUGGCCAUCUGCAGACCACUCCACUAUACCAGCAUCAUGGACAAACAGAAGUGCAUCUGGCUGGUUGUGAUAUAAUGGAUCAUUGGAUUUGUACAUGGUGUUAGUCAACUGAUCCUGAUUUUGGAGCUACCUUUCUGUGGACCUAGAGUGAUAGACAGUUUUUUCUGUGAUAUUCCUUUGGUGAUAAAAUUAGCCUGCAUUAAUACUGAUAAUCUGAGAAUUAUGAUAAAUGCUGACUGUAGUGUUGUAGCAACAGCUUGUUUCAUUUUCUUGCUGAUAUCUUACACUUACAUUCUAUUAACUGUUCGGCUUCACUCUAAAGAUGGUUCAUCAAAAGCACUCUCUACCUGUACCUCCCAUAUCAUAGUGGUUGUGCUAUUAUUUGCACCUAUCAUUUUCAUCUAUCUGUCUCCUGUCAGCAUCACAUGGCUGGACAAGUUUCUUGCUGUAUUUUAUUCAGUCAUCACACCUCUUCUGAAUCCAGCCAUCUAUACACUAAGAAAUAAAGAUAUUAAGAAUGCCAUCAAAAAGAUGAUUAAUCACAUGUGA